UCUGAGCACUUUAGUCCUAAUUGGUCUUCCAUUGGUGUCACUUUACUUUCAAUUUGCAGUUUCUGCAGGAACUGGAAUCCCCCUGGGAGGAAAAUGUACAACUAAUGCAAGCUGUUCGGCAAAUACUACGAAUACAGGCUGCAAAGACAAAACAUGUCAGUGCACAUCAAUGUUUUACAGGCAAACCAAUAAGUGUGUAGACAAAAUUGCGGUGGGUUUACCCUGUAAUGUCAACAAACAGUGUGCAGAUGUCAACGCUGAUUGCAAAGGAAAUUGUACAUGCAAGAAGUCUUUUUAUCCAGACACCACCUGUAAACCUCGCAUCCAACCAAAUCAUGCAUGCGGUAAUACAACUCCAAAGAAUGCCAGCUGCAUAGAUCAUGCAUAUUGUAAUUCGACCACUUUUUGUGUAUGUGAUAAAGGAUACAAAGGACCUAGCUGUAGUUCUGCUAUGACAAUGGCUGCAGUGGAGAUAUCAACCAUUUUCCUGUGCUUUUUGAUGGCAUACUUUGAAGUUGUAAAAUAGCUGAUAAGCCUAGAUAAUGCCAGAUAACACUACUUUAAUGUAAUGAAUGGCUCUGAGUGUGCGAGUUGUAGAUAGUUGCAUAGUUUAGUAACCAUUGUAAUAGACAACGAAUUAAAACACUGAAAAAAUGUUAUGACAGUCUGUGAUAAAAAAAAACCAGUAUUAACAAUUAGUUUUAUUAGUAAACAGGGGAUUAAUAACGAGGUUAUCGUACCAGGCAAACAGCACAUGGCACAUAGUUUAUCGCCAGGAUUUUUGAAUUAUCACUUAAUUGCGUUUCGUCAAGUGAAAACCAUGCUGAAAAACUUGUACCUGAUUUAUU